CUGCUUUUGAAGCCUCACUAUGUCUUGCCACAACUGCCCUGCGACCUACAGCUUGGGAUCCCUCAGAAAUCCCUGCCAUAUUCCUCUCAGCUCCUCCAUUGCCCUCUGCUCUCCAGGUGUGAGCUGUGGUGAUGUCCUCUGCUUGCCUAGUAACUGUCAAGACCAUCUCCGGCCUCUGGACAACUGUCAAGAGAGUUGCAGCGAACCAACUAACUGCCAGCCAGCCCACUGUGAACCCAGCAACUAUGAAACAUCCUGCUGCCCUCCUACUACGUACUAUGUGUCCAGACCCUGCCAAGGGACCACUUUUCUUCCUGCUGCUUCUUACAUCUCUGGUUCCUGCCUCCCCGUAUCCUGUAGACCUCUGAGCUAUGUGUCCAGCAGCAGCCGACCCCUGAGCCUCCUCACUUACGGAUGCCGCCCCUUGGGUUGUUUGCCCUGUGGUCCUCAACCACUGAGUAUGGUGCCUAGUAGCCUCAGACCUCUGCGUCCUGUCUUCACUGGAUGCCAGCCUCUGAGCCAUGUGUUCAGUACGUGCCCUGGAUCUUGCUCUGCGCUGGGAGGCCGGUAG